CAAAAUUGGCCAUCCUUUUUUCAAUCACCCAUAACCCUAUUCCUUUCUUCUUUUUUUUUUUUUUACUUUUUAAAAACUUCUACAAGUCAAUAAUAUGGCAUCAAACUCUAUUAGAAAUUCAUGGACUCCGCAGCAAAACAAGUUGUUCGAAAGAGCUUUAGCACAGUUUGAUAAGGACACUCCUGACCGCUGGCAAAAUGUGGCUAGGGCUGUUGGUGGUGGAAAAUCGGUCGACGAAAUCAAACGACACUAUGAAAUCCUUAUUGAGGAUCUCAGGCGCAUUGAAUCUGGCCUUGUUCCUCUUCCUACUUACACGAAUGGUGGCAACACUGGAGUUGCAGCCGAUGAAGAACAAAGGCUUCUGAGGUAUCUGAACCUGCACUAGUGAGGAUGUUGAUAAGAAGAUAUUAAGCUGGAUAUCGUUACCUAGCAAGGCAAGUGUAUGAAAAAAGAAGAAGAUGUCCUUAAAAUUACUGUGGAAAUUUGUACUUUCUCCUUUUGUAAAAUAGUGCUGUCUGGUACUUUAAUACCUAUAUGUUUUAUUGCAUUGUACUACGACCCUAUCUUAUGUAUUAAUGAAUCGUAUGAAUCUCUCAUGUCAUUCUAUCCUGUGCAAUAGUUGUUUCA